AUGUCAGAUAGGAACCCCCAAUCCGCCGAGAGAUCAGCCUCUGCAAUGGAAGCCAUUAAAGCCCGUGUCGCGGAGUCCAUGCAGCCAGGAGACUCCAAAUCUACUGCGCACAGCCUCCCGCCCGACGAGCGCGAGAGUAUCCUGGGGCUGGAUAAUGAAGAGCAUGGGUAUAACGGUGCGAGAGCGAAGGAGAAGGAGGAGUCGGAGGAGGGUGAGGGGAGCGGGCAGAGACAGGGGAUGGGGAUGGCGGAGAUGAUGGGGGGAGUGGUGGAUAGAGUGGCCAAGGCGAUGGGGAGGAAGUGA